GUGGGAAUUUCAAGUUUUUAGUCGAGACUUCGUCCAGGGCUCUCUGUAGCCUGAGGGGUGGGAUGAGUGGUAUCAUGUGUCGAGGGUGUCCCCCCCUGCCUGUUCUUGCCCCCCCUGCCUGUUCUUGCCAGGGGUGAGGGUUGCCAGUGCUUCAAGCUAUCUUGAGGGCCAAUUACAGUGUUCCGAGUCGCGCAUAGGCCUACUUUGUGAAGCUCCGUCUUGCUAAUUUUAAUCCGUCCGUAACACGGCGCGAGGGCAUCCUCGCGAAAGGCACUUAGUCUAAUGUCGUGGGCACGGGCAGCCGGACUACGCAUUGAAAAAACGUGGCACUAAGUGGGCUGCCGUUUGCCGAGAAAGCCAUACGAUCGGCUUUCUGGCGCCGUUUCGAGCCCAUCGGGCCACCGCAGCGUCGGACAUCGGUCACCACGUGGCCGUCGAUGAUCUGAGACGAAGUCUGGCAGCAGCGGCCCGUAAGAUGUCGGUCUAUGUGUGGACGGUUUCGGGUGGAAAUCGUGCCGUGGGUCGCGAGAUUUGGGGGCUUCCCAGCCACCACGGCGUGAAUACGCGAGAGGGGAAGGGGGGGGGGGGCGGAGAUUGGCCGAGGCGGCCAUACCCCGCAGUAGCGGAGUUCGUGGGGGCUGUUGCACCGCUUGCGGCCGGCUCUUCGCCCGUAGGCCGCCCAAGACCGCGGUGGGGUAGUGCGGGGCUGCGGAGCGCCGGGCGGCUCAUCAUGGCCGAUUUAGGGCUUGGUAUGCUUGGUAUCAAAACAAAAACUCUCUAGUAAUCUGUCGACAAUAACCUAUUAAUAAUUGCAGACUGAUGUUUGGCAAGAGAGCUUUUGACGAAAGGAAUAGGUGUGCAUCGGCCGUCCAGAAGCGUUGUCGCGCUGACACAGACGGGCAAGAUGAAGUUGGUGUGCCGCCCCCCAAAACUGCAAUAGAACUAGCAAUGGAAGAAGCUGAAGAGUACGAACGACGAAAAGAGGCGGAGCAGCGCCGUUUGCUUGGCGGCGCCACUGUUUAAGUAAAUACCUCAUUUCUGAACAUAGGAUUACAACAACUCAAGCUGGAGUCUCUAGAUAAGGAGAAAACCAGGUGGGCUAGAUAUUUGUGAAUAUUAAUAAUCAGAUGAUUUGUGGUAGACUUCUUGCUCCUGUGCAUCAUGACGCUUCGCCUCCAUAUGAUUCACAGAAAAACCAUCAAUUGGAUCGGCAUGGGUGUGAUGAAUACGAAGACAAAUUGGCUGCCUCCUGUCCAAUGCCAGAGAAAGCUGUCGUGUCCAGCGCAUGCUCGAAGAAAACUAUCCCCCACCGUUCCCUCACCCUAGCCCGUCUCUAUUUCCCAUCUUAUUUUUUAUAGUUUUUCGAGAUCUGUGGCACAUAGGACGUGAUGUUUGGAUCCCAGUUAUAUAACGAUGAAUUGCCACAUUCCAGCGAAAAUUUGCCGGAAAAUAAAAUUAUGGCCAUCAACAAAUUGCGUCUGCCACGCAAAUUGCUCGAGAAGUGGGUGGAAGAACCAUUUUUUGAUACGGCAGUUGUCGGCUGCUUUGUUCGUCUUGGUGUGGGUGCGUUCGAUUUGUGCUCCUUACUGGUUCAAUGGGCAUCUUGCCUGCAGGUAAAGCACCUGGUUUGCGUGGUGAACCCCAAUACAAGGUUUGCGAAAUUAUUGGCGUGGGGGAAUAUAAACAUUCCUAUGCACUGGGGGAAUUCCAGACCAAAAAAGCGCUCUUGCUUCGCAUCGGUCGUAAUACACGCCUCUGGCGCAUGAAUGUUAUCUCUAAUCAUCGGUCCUGGGACAGCGUGAAAUUUAGGUAGUUUGUGUUUGACUUCUCCCUUCCCCACUGUAGGUUCACACCCGAUGAGCUAAAUGAGUAUGAACUGUGCCGAUGAAAUUCUUGAUUAUGCAUUGUUGGUGAUAGGUGGCAAAGUACCAUGUUUGCUGCGCGUCAAAAGAUACCAUCGGCAGAGGAGAUCAGCAAACGCAAAGCACGCAUGCGAGAAACAGUAUUUGGCGCUUCUAGUCAUCCUGCUCAGAAUAUAACAGACACCAACAUAUUCAGCAAGGCCAGCGAAAGAUACUCAGAAGGUGAUGUUGCAAGGCUUGUUAAUUCAAGACGGAAGCGCAGCGAGGCUGUGGUCCUCCCGAGUUAAAUUUUUUUGGAAGACACAAAAAUCCUAGUGCUAGGCACGAUUCCGGGAGCGCCAAACCACAACAGUAUCUCGCCUUAACCAUGGUCAAAUUCGAACUCGGUACGAGCACGAGGUAUGCGCUGCACGCCAGGCAUACCUAGCGCUUUUGAUUGCGCAAAGUACAAAAGUCCGCACAACCCCGGAAAUUCAGACUGCCAUAAAAAAGGUCUACAUGAUCAGCGAGAAGUACACAAGCUCUUAUUCAUGCCAACAAAUAAGUAAUAUCGUAGGUGGAUGAUCAUGAUGCAUGCGUUAAACUUGAUGAUAAUUCUUUUGAGCGCAACCUUGAUACUCUCGCGUCAAGCCUUAUGCGAGCACAACAGACGCAGCUCCAUGCAAGUGCGGUGGAGGAGGCGCUGGCGGAAUGCCGCGCUACACGCAACCUGCUUAGUCAAAUGCAGUGUGAUUUUCUUUGACAGCAUGGAUACCAUCAAUCUGCUUUGUUUGUGUAGGUCAAGCCUGUGAAAAACUCAAGGAUUUCCGUAAGAAUGCCCUUGAUGUGCGUAAACUGCGUGACACCGAAGUGCCUUCGCGCACAUCUACCCUGUAUUUUGUGAACGAGGCAAAGCGGCGAGAAAAUUCCCUUGCUGAUAUGACUCACGGGGAAAGAAAACUGCAAGACGAGUCAACUUCAGCGUGCUAUAUUUUUUCAACGUGAUAAUAUCACUGGCUACUAGGCAACAUGACGAUGAUGAUGCAGAACGUGCUGUAUUUCAACGUCGUGCAACGAAACCGACGAUGCUGUGGACUACGGACACAGGGUUUUGUCAGCGAACACAUAAACUGACGCAGCCAAUGUGCAACAGAGCCAAGCUCAAUACUAAUUCAAAUACCCAAGGGGCCGGCGACUCUGGAGCAGCUAUUGAAGAGACAGAAACCGCAAACUGUGCCCUGGACGAGAGCAUAAGCCCACGCCCCCGCAAAAGAACUGGAAUGUCCUUGCAAGAAUAUAUGACCAAAGCGCAUGCAGAUGCAUCGAGAUUUACGCUCUAAGGAUUGUCCCCUGAGAGGCAGGAUGUCCUUUGUUUGACUACCCUGAUGGUGACCUUGGUAUUUGCUUAGUACCCGUAUUGACUUAUAGCAAGUAGCCAAUUCUCAGAACUUGAAAAUGCCAGUGAAAAUAAUCAGCCGUGCUUGACAAGACACAAAGGAUCGAAAAGAUGCUUUGAGAAAAUGAUGGAACGUGUCGCCUGGAACUCGGACUCGGACUCGGGAGUCUGUGCUUAGUCCGUCAUGAUACCAUCCAAGUCAAUAAGACCAUCAACUGAAUCAUGAACAACCUCUCAGAAACAAAUAAAGCAGAACGAGCUAGGGGAGAUGGAUGCGAUGCGGGAUCUACUUCACGCCCCUCGUUUGCAUCAAGAUCUACCCGCACCCAACAUGGGGUCGACGACAUAUGUCAUGCGAGUAAUAAACAAAUAAACAAACUUGAACUAAGGGAAGACCUAAAACAAAGCUUAUUAAAAGGAACACGGGCAAGCUCGCUCCUAAUUAGUGGCACCGUCACGGUGACUGGCAGGGUAUAGUUCAAUAAGUUAGUAAGCCUUUCCAGCGAAAUUCCUCCGCAUUAGAAAGAAGGACUCACGGUAGUAUAGAUGCCUCAGGCUCGGGGCCGGCCGGCCGGACAGGACUCGGAUAGAGGGUCCUUUUCGGAGCACUGGCACUGCCAGUGGCAGUUCUAAGUGUGGCAGUCUUCAAAAGUUCGCCAGUGCCCGGUGGGCCCGGGCCCAGGCCACUGGCAGUCACUGAGUCACGGUGUGUAAGCUCAGGCUCACGCCGACUCGGAGCCUUCCCACAGCACAGCACUCAGG